AAGCUCGCGCCGCCUCGUCCGUUCCCUACCGUGCCCAUGUCUGUCUCUGCCACUGGCCCACGCUCUGCGCACAUCGAAGGCAAUGAUUACAUAUGCAUCACACGCAAGACAUCGCUGGGCGCAUACCUCAGACGGUGCAAAGGUGUGAUGCUGAAAGCUGGACACAAGACGCUGCAUCUUCACGCCAUGGGAGCUGCGAUACCGCACCUGGUGCAGCUGUCCGUGUCUCUGCCGGGAAUACUGUCGUAUAAUUCAGAAGAGAUCGAGACGGAGGUGGUCACGGGCACGGUCAAGGGUCAAGACGAAGUGAUUCCGGAGGACUCGGGUGGAGACAUCUCGAUUCGGUCGCGAGGCAAGUCGACGCUGAGUGUCAUUAUGAAGAUUGCGGACGGCAAAGACGAGGGAGCACAUACAGGCAAAGGGAAGACGAAGCCCAAGAGCGGA